AUGGCUACGAGAACUCAAUUUGAAAACUCCAACGAAGUCGGUGUUUUUUCCAAGUUAACCAAUUCCUACAACUUAGUUGCCGUAGGAGGAUCGGAAAACUUCUACUCAGCUUUUGAAGCUGAAUUAGGAGAUGUCAUUCCUAUUGUCCACACCACCAUUGCUGGAACCCGUAUUGUCGGUAGAAUGACUGCCGGUAAUAGACGUGGUUUAUUGGUGCCCACUCAGACCACUGACCAAGAAUUAAUGCAUUUAAGAAACUCGUUACCUGAUGCUGUUAAGAUCCAGAGAGUUGAAGAAAGAUUGUCUGCUUUGGGUAACGUGAUCUGUUGCAAUGAUUACGUGGCGUUGGUACACCCAGAUAUCGAGAGAGAAACCGAAGAGUUGAUUGCUGAUGUGUUGGGUGUCGAAGUUUUCCGUCAAACUAUCGCCGGUAACGUCUUGGUAGGUUCCUACUGUUCGUUGUCUAACCAAGGUGGUAUAGUCCAUCCUCAAACUUCUAUCCAGGACCAAGAAGAAUUGUCUUCUUUGUUACAAGUUCCUUUGGUCGCUGGUACUGUUAAUAGAGGUUCGUCAGUUGUCGGUGCUGGUAUGGUUGUGAAUGAUUGGUUGGCUGUCACCGGUUUGGACACCACUGCUCCUGAAUUGUCUGUUAUUGAAUCUAUCUUCAGAUUGCAAGAUGCUCAGCCAGAAUCCAUUUCUGGUAACUUGAGGGACACCUUGAUCGAAACCUACUCGUAAAUACGUUAAUCAAGGUCGGUUCAUUUGCAUUUGAAUGGGUUCUGUCCAUUCUGCUCUUUUAAAAGUUGCAUUCAACUCUGGUCACUACACUUGACCUAGCGGCGCUACCAUAUUUCUAGAUUAUAAAGUCAGGAAGUAAUUCGACUGGUCAGGUGGCGGGAUUUUCUCUUGUACGGUAUUUUGCUCUGCGGACAACCGUCUGUAGAUUGUAUAUUAGCAUUCAAUAAACAUCAAUAAUGGGAAACAAAAC